UAAAGGAAUAGUUCACCAAAACAACAUUAGUGUCCUUGCUAAUCGAUCCCAUAACGUGAAUGGGAUUUGUGCCACAAAUAAAUUAAAUGUUAGCAUGUGGAAACGGUGCCAGGGAAACUAAAACCAAAGCAGGAAUUGCUGUCAUACCUUAUCUUCUCCAUAGACUUCACUACAGCAGGGUUUCCCAAACUCGGUGCACGUUUUGUUUUUUGUCCGAGCUCUUCACAGGUAACUCAAAUAAUCAACCAUUCAGUCUUUGAUCAUUUGAAUCAGUUGUUUGUGUUACAGCAAAAAAAAAAAAAAAAAAAAAAAAAAACGUGCACCCCUUGGGGUUUCUGAGGACUGAGUUUGGGAAACUGGCCUACAGGAAAGAGGUGUUUCAGCUGAAGGACAUCGAGAAAAUCGCCCCCAAGACUAAAGGAAUAACACCCAUGUCAGUGAAGGAGGUUCUCCAGAGUCUGGUGGAUGACAACAUGGUGGACUGUGAGAGAGUGGGCACCUCCAACUACUACUGGGCCUUCCCCAGCAAGGCCCUGCACGCCCGCAAGCGCAGGUUGGAGGAGCUGGAUAAGCAGCAUACCGAGGCGAAACAAAGGAAGAUGUCUCUGCAGCAGGCUGUCGACAAAGCAAAAGUAGGACGUGAAGAUACCGAGGAGCGGGCCUCUCUUCUAAAGGAGCUGCAGGCUCUGAGGGAGAAGAGGAGUCAUCUGAAGUCAAAGCUGGAGAAGAACAGGGAGUGUGACCCAGAAGUGAUCGAGGAGAUGAGUGUGGCAUACCAAGAUGCUGAUGUAAACAGCAGGACCACUACACAGGUCACACCUUGUGCUGGGGACAAGAAAAGGCUACUCUUAAAAUGUGGAUCUUUGUCACAACACAAUGCCACAGAUAUCUCAAGUUUUGAGGGAGCAUGCAAUUGGCAUGCUGACUGCAGGAAUGUCCACCAGAGCUGUUGCCAGAUCAUUUUUGUUAAUUUCUCUACCUUAAGCCACCUCCAACGUUGCUUGAGAGAAUUUGGCAGUACGUCCAACUGGCCUCACAGCCGCAAACAACUUGUAACCACGCCAGCCCAGGGCCUUCACAUGCGUCUUCUUCACCUGGGGGAUCGUCUGGGACCAGCCACCCGGAUAGCUGAUGAAACUGUGGGUUUGCACAACCGAAGAAUUUCUGCAUAAAGUGUCAGACAUCGUCUCAGGAAGCUCACCUACGUGCAGAUACUGACUGGUUUUCUGAUCCACACCCCUACUUUUUAUUUUAUCUGUGACCAAUAGAUUCAUAUCUGUAUUCCGAGGCAUGUGAAAUCCAUAGGUUAGAGCCUAAUUUAUUCAUUUCAAUUGACUUAUAUGAACUGUAACUCAUUCAAAUCUUUGAAAUUGCUGCAUUUAAUAUUUGUGUUCAGUGUAGGUGAAACUCAGAGCAGAUUACUUUAAAAACCUGUAUCAGUCGACACGCUCAUAUACAAUUCUAACCUGAAUUAAGAGUUGUUAAAGCUGGACUAGCUCCAGUAGUUUUUAAUUGAUCUACUCCGCUGCUUGUCUUAACUUGCUAUCCUUUUACCAGCAUCAGAGAAAUCAAGGAUCGCUAAACAGAACUCCCUUCCAAAGCACAGCAACUCUUGCCGUUAUUGCCAGGGACAACAUUUACACACACAGGCGCUAUGGAUAUACUGUAAUUCCGCUAUGGACGUUUAAUCUUUGUUAUAAGUUCAGGGUUUAGUGUUAAGACUGACAUAAGCGCUUUGUUUUGGUGUCUUUGUGCUAUGAUAGCGUGGUGCUUUGUAAAGAAUAGAUUUCAGAUAAAGUUGGCGCUGGUCUUUCAGCUUCAAUAGGAUUGCUUAAGUCAGAUGUUUUUGUUUUUCUAAACCAGCGUCAAAUCUGUUAGUAAUUUGUGUGGACAUAAACCUUGACUACUGCUUACUUACAUUAAACAUUUAUGCUUACUUAAAUACUUGAGCAUUUUAUGCUCACUUUUAUUUCUUUGCACAUACAACCUUUUCUUGUAAAUUUGAGUUGCCAUUGAAAUCUAGUUGAGCAAGCAAAAAGAGGGGAAAUGAAAUUUGCAAUUCAAAGUGCGGCCUCUUGACAUGUUGUCAAGUUUGUUCCCCAUAACCCGUUUUAGUUUCCUUUCUUACAUGAGAAGACUCACUUAUUGUUACUCAUUUGACCAUUUCCCACACAGCCUUUGAUUAAACCUGUGUAAGUACGUUGACUUGGACAUAGUUACUGUAUGUAUUCUUUGGUCUCAAUGGGUUUGGUUAAUUAGUUCUAGUUAAAGAGAGUGAAACGAUAUAGCUCUGUCCUUUUUCCUGAUUGAGCCGUAUUGAGUUCUUGUUCUUUGGGGACAUAGGCAUGUGACUUGCGUGAGAAACCAAAACAACAGGCCACAGAAAAAACAUUUUGAUUUAUUUCAGAUGGCUGUUGCAUUCGUUUCUACAGCAAUAGGUACAAGUCACGUUACCCCCUGCCUCAACUUGCUGAUCCGAAGCAAGAUUUCCUUUCGCUUCUAAUAACCACUCAUCAUAUCAUCACCU